UCCUCUGGUUUUUUCGUCUCAAUCUUCGAUUUUACUCGUCGUCUGCGAUCCGAUUGAAGCCCUAGAAAGAGAUCCUCAUCGAUCCGUCUCACUUCCAUGGCUCCUUCUCAGAAUCAAGGUGAUUUUUCUGCGGGUAGUAUCAAGUCACAUGUUGGGCUGCCAGCAUUAGAUGUAUCCCUCGCAUUUCCUCAGGCAACACCUGCGGCAAUUUUUCCUCCAUCUGCAUCCGAUUAUUAUCAUUUUGAUGAUUUGUUGAGUUCUGAGGAACAGGCUUUGAGGAGAAAAAUAAGGGAGGUCAUGGAGAAAGAAAUUGCUCCUAUAAUGACAGCGUAUUGGGAGAAGGCAGAGUUCCCUUUUCACGUCAUUCCUAAGCUUGCUUCCCUUAAAGUUGCUGGGGGAACAAUUAAGGGUUAUGGGUGUCCAGGGCUCUCUCUCACAGCAAAUGCUUUUGCUAUGGCAGAAGUGGCACGUGUUGAUGCAAGCUGUUCAACAUUCAUUUUGGUUCAUUCUUCUUUAGCGAUGCUUACAAUCAGUCUUUGUGGGUCAGAGGAACAAAAGCAGAAAUAUCUACCAUCAUUAGCAGAGCUGCAAACUGUGGCUUGUUGGGGCUUGACAGAACCAGACUAUGGAAGUGAUGCUAGCUCUUUGAGCACUACUGCUACGAAGGUAUCUGGAGGUUGGAUACUAGAUGGACAAAAGCGUUGGAUAGGGAACAGUACUUUUGCAGAUGUGCUUGUUAUUUUUGCUCGCAAUACUGAAACAAAUCAGAUAAAUGGAUUUAUAGUGAAGAAAGGCGCCCCUGGCUUGAGGGCUACCAAAAUUGAAAACAAGAUUGGAUUAAGGAUUGUGCAAAAUGGAGAUAUUCUCCUUAAGAAAGUGUUUAUUCCUGAAGAAGAUAGGUUGCCAGGCAUGAAUUCAUUUCAGGACACAAAGAAGGUUCUUGCUGUUUCACGUGUUAUGGUUGCAUGGCAACCUAUUGGCAUUUCAAUGGGUGUUUUCGACAUGUGCCAUCGGUAUUUGAAAGAGAGGAAACAAUUUGGAGCUCCAUUGGCAGCGUUCCAGCUUAACCAGGAAAAGCUUGUCCGAAUGCUUGGUAAUAUCCAAGCAAUGGUUCUUGUCGGCUGGCGCUUGUGCAAGUUGUAUGAAUCUGGAAAGAUGACUUCUGGUCAUGCCAGCCUAGGGAAGGGAUGGAUAUCCUUGAAAGCAAGAGAAACCGUCUCCCUUGGGCGAGAAUUACUUGGUGGCAAUGGAAUUUUGGCUGAUUUUCUAGUGGCAAAGGCAUUUUGCGAUCUUGAACCAAUUUUCUCCUAUGAAGGCACAUACGACAUUAACAGUUUGGUGACCGGCAGAGAAAUUACCGGCAUUGCGAGCUUCAAACCCGCGGCUUUUGGAAAAAGAAGCCGUCUUUGAUCUUGCAGCCUAUACAGAAUCUCUCUAUGUUGCCAAAUAAAAUGAACUCCAACUUUCUCAGAUUGAAGAUCAACAUCUGAUAUUCAAAAACUAAGCUGUGUCAAUAAGCACAAUGUAUAUAAUGGUGUGAAAUUAACUUCUGAUAUUAAAAAAUUAUACUGUUACAUAUUUGUUUAUAAGGGUGAGUUGUUUUUAUUAGAAAAGAAAAAACCACAGUUCUUCCUUACAAUCUUGACAUUUCCCAAAGAAUUUAUGCCUAUUUUCUUA